AUGCUAAACUGCCAAAAGUGGUCUACAAUUGCUUCAGCGGGGGCUACUGUCGGUAUUGGAAAUGUGUUCAGUUCUUUGAUCCAUUCCGUGGUGCGAAAACCAUCAUUGGCUAAACAAUCAUUUGGUUAUGCCAUUUUGGGCUUUGCUCUAACCGAAGCUAUUGCAUCGUUUGCCCCAUUGAUGGCCUUCUUGGUAUUGUUCAUUUUUAGCUUCAUUUUAUGA